AUGUCGCGCUCAAUUGCACGCCGCAUCUACGCCGAUGCCUUUGCGAAAUGGCCCAAACAAGACCUCCGGCCCGACUACCAACUCCAAGACGUCCUCAAAGCCGCCGUGGAAGAGCGUUACAAGAACUUUCAGCCGGCCAUGGAGGCGGAGGAGACCCUGAAGGCGAGGGCCCUGCAGUUCCUCGUACAGGACAAGUUUAACAACAGGUACAAGCUCAAAGGACCGAUGCUGGAACCUAAAAGCCAACCGACAUAUUUCCAAGAUCUCGUCCGAGAAAUUGACGAGGCACCGAGAAGGACGUGGCUAGAGCGGUUGGGCAAACGACUAUCUGGAAUGAUUCGACUUCAGUAA